AUGUGGAGGCAAGGCGGGGCAUCUCGCUCGGCAUACUGGAGAAAUGCAGCGAAGCCACUUUCGGUCACUGAUGCAUCUGCUGCCGUGCGUAUACGAGGGCGGGGCUGUGUGCUGCGGAGCUCGGGGCGCCCCUUCUUUGCCCGCACCACGGGCCUUUGGCGAGGCCUUUUCACCUCUGCAGAGUCACACGGGGAGCAGUACCGACAGCCCGAGGAAGAGGACGCGAUCUUUGAAGACAGGGAUGGAGGCUUUUCGGAUGCGGUCAGGACGCAGGUAGCCAAGUACGGGUGGACGGUUGAGGCCCUCUCGCUUGCAGCAGCUGAGCAGGGUCUGUCGAACCUGGCGCACGGCCUCUUCCGCCGCGGCCCAGUCGAGCUGGUGGAGCACUUCAUCGCCAAAUGCAACGCUCGAAUGCUGGAGGAGCUGAGCGCACUAGACAUGGAGCACAUGACGCUCAAGGAGAAAAUAAGAGCGGCCAUUCACGCUCGAUUGAGGCAGUAUGCGCCACACAUCGCGACCUGGCCGCAGGCCAUAGCAAUCUUGGCACAGCCGAGCAAUGCCAGCACCUCCUUCUCUCUGAUGUUCAACACCAUCAACGACAUUAUCUACGUGGCCGGAGACUCUACUAUCGAUUUUGACUGGUACACCAAGCGCGCCGUAUUGGCUGGCGUGUACACUUCCACAGAGCUGUUCAUGCUCACCGACGCGUCGGACAACUUUGCCGACACCUGGGCCUUCCUCAAUCGAAGGCUGGAGGACGUCGUCACCCUCUCCAAGUACAAAGCCGAGGUCCCUUCACCCCUUCCCCGCACGACGAUUCCAUUCCUCCGCGAGCUUAGGAAGUUCUUCAACAAGGAGCGGAAACGUUGA